CAAUUGCUCGAGAUAUCGUUCAUUUUUUAUCGCACGUAAUUUCGUGGGAUUAUUACGAGAGCAAUAAUGUUUAGUGAAGAUUCCAUAUUAUUCAGUUUCGCCAAAGAUUUUUGGGAAAGUGUGUGCCGGUAGACAUAGGUAAACAGGGUCCCCGCAAGAUGCUAUUAAAAGUUUUAUCUGUGAUUUAGUACAAUUCAGCAUGACUACAAUGAAGAAUCCUAAUUCAUCGUCUUCUAAGCUCGCUCUCCUUAGUCACAUCAAAUACGAACACCUGGUAGCUGGUAUAUCAGGUGGCGUCACCUCCACACUCAUUCUGCACCCUCUGGAUUUAAUCAAAAUCAGAUUUGCUGUAAACGAUGGCCGGACCGCAACGGUUCCAAGGUACGACGGACUUGGCAGCGCAUUCGUCACUAUUGUCAAGCAAGAAGGCAUCCGCGGGCUCUAUCGCGGCGUCACACCCAACGUCUGGGGCUCCGGCUCGGCAUGGGGAUUCUAUUUCUUGUUCUACAACGCGAUAAAGACCUGGAUCCAAGGCGGCAACGCCCGCACGCCGCUCGGCCCCGGCCUGCACAUGCUGGCCGCGGCCGAGGCGGGCGUGCUGUCGCUCGUCAUGACCAACCCCAUCUGGGUGGUGAAGACGCGCCUCUGUCUCCAGUACAGCGAGGAGCACAUCGCCGACCACAAGCGGUACAAGGGCAUGAUCGACGGCCUCGCCAAGAUAUACAGGAGCGAGGGAAUCAGGGGACUUUAUCGGGGUUUCGUUCCGGGCAUGUUCGGCGUGUCGCACGGCGCGCUGCAGUUCAUGGCCUACGAGGAGAUGAAGAACAGGUACAACCAGUACAGGAACCUGCCCAUCGACAUUAAACUGACGUCGCUGGAGUACCUGACGUUCGCGGCGGUGUCGAAGCUGCUGGCGGCGGGCGCGACGUACCCGUACCAGGUGGUGCGCGCGCGGCUGCAGCUGCGCGGCGCGCGCUACCGCGGCGCGUGGCACUGCGUGCGCGACACCUGGAGGUACGAGGGCUGUCGCGGAUUCUACAAGGGUCUGAAGCCGAGCCUGGUCCGCGUGGUGCCUGCGACCAUGGUCACCUUCCUCACAUAUGAGAACGUGUCGCACUAUAUGCUCAAACGCUCUGAGCUAAACGCUUCUUACGCCGGCACGUAGAGCUUACAUUUGAUAGCUUGCCUUGACUAAAUCAGUGUGGAUGCGGAGAGGGAAUAAAAAAUAAAAGUAAAAGGGAAAGGGAAGUUAGAAUAUAUGUCACAAUGAUAUCCCUGGGUGAGACUAAUUGACUUCUUUUGUGACAUUUUGUUUUAUACAUAUAUGAAAACAGCACGUGUUUCUGCUUUUGGAAAUUUGUUAAAACUUUUCGAUAAACAAAUGUCGCAUAAGUCAAUUAGCCUUUUACCAGUCAUAAGAAUUACCAAAGGUGUGACGUACUUGCUGUAGAAGCAUGUCAAAAAACGAGUUAAGUAUAUUAUUAUUAGCGAUAUGAGAUUAUUUAUUCCUUUUUGUUUAUCUCUAAAUUAUUAUUUCCCUAUUUCCAAUUUUAACUACCCGACAGAUAAUAUAUCGUCUAGUCGGUAACAUGUUUUGAGUUGUAGAAAAAAAUCACAAUAUUAAAUCAAGCUUGUAUAAAAAUUAGAUAGUACAAAUAAUGCCAUCACUUUUAUAUCCUUUCAUAAACAGUACUUUUUUUAUUUAAAUCAGAUAUCGUAAUCUUAUAUUUUAAAAUUAAGAUUUUAGGCAUUUAAUAUCCUGAGAGCGUCUGGUAUUGAAAUAAACAAAGCAAAUAGAUAGUAAUACUUGCACAAAUUUUAUCAAUCUGUCGAAACAGACGGCAACUGUGUGACCACUGCCUGUCCUUUUCUGCACGUUUGUCGCAUUGUGCAGAAAUCAUCUAAUCCAAAUCUGUGACGUGGGACUAUCAGAAUUCAAGGAAAAAACAACCACUCGAGCUUCCUUUAUCUCUUUCACACAUAUGACAGUAUUUAAAGGAUGGGUAACGUUCAGGUAUAUCACUAGAGAAUGCAACCGCCUUACUGCAGAGUACUGCCAUAUUGGCCACAAUUCUACAGUAAUAUUAUCAGCAUUUUAAUUAUUAUAAUUAAUUAUAAUUUUUUCAUUUGUAUUCUUAGACAGAAUAUGACCUACUUCCGAUUACUAUAAAGAAUUCAAAGCGAUAAUUUCGAAUCGAUUCCAAGAAUUGACCAAUCAAAAUCGGUCAUACAUAAUCUUGUCGAAGAACUUAUUCUGAUUGGUUCAUUUUUGUUAUCGAUCCGCAUUCAUAUCGUUUACAACAAUUGACCGGUAAUGGUAGAGAAAAACGUGCAAAAAUGCUGUAAAAUUCAAAUGAAAUCAAAACGUUCCCUUUAAUAUGUAGGACACUUUUCAAUUUCAUAAAUUAUAAUUUUGACUUUAUUUUAGUUUAGUCUUUAGUUUUAGUGCGUGCCUAAUUUUAUUUUGAAAUUAAAAGGAGAGGUUACGGAGUUAAGCCUUGAGUUUACAAUGGAAUAUAGAUGUUAUAUGGUGAAAUAUUUCAUCAUUUUAUAAUAGUAUUUUGAGUAUGUUUGUUUAAUUGAUACAUAUUUUAAUGCAUGCGAUAUUUACUUAUAAUAUUACUAACUAUGGUAUGGACUUUGGACGUCCUAGGUGGCGUAGUUGUAUUGCGAAACGACUACUGCGCUGAGGCCCUGGGUUCGAAUCCGAGAUCCGAGAAAAUAUUUGGAUUUUCUAUUCAGUAUCAGCCCGGAGUCUGGAUUAUAUACCAAAUAUGGCUAUAAGCUCGCAGCAUGGUAUGUAACGCAAGUAGCAAAGCAGGACACUAGUCACCUCUGCCUAUCCCCGCGGGGAUUAAAGGCGUGCACGUAUUUAUGUAAAUUAAGGUAAUUUUAAAUUUCCAUAUAUCGUAGAGGGUUUGUGUGUGUACAACGGGUUGAACCUCGCAUUGAAUAUAAUUUUGUAUGACCCGAAAUUUGUUUUGAGUUUGAGUUUCCCUCAUAUUUGGCGUCCGGAGCACAGGACUUUUACUUUGCGAUCAAUUUCAAUAAACGAUCAGUACUUUCGGACCAAUAGUAAAAAUGAACCAAUCAGAAUUAAGUAUGCUUAACAUGCUUACGAAUGACUCACUGAUUGUUCUGAAGUAUUGGUAUUGUUUAUUGAAAUUUGCCUUUAGUGUGGCGUCAGAACUAUGUUGAUUGUUAAUUACGUAAUUUAUUAAGUUCUUUAUGUAUUUUCGCUUUUAUGUAGUUUAGUGAUAUGUAUUUAGAAUAUAGUUUUGAAUGCCGUUAAAUGUGCGUAUUUGAGUUAUGAGUGGAUUUAUUUAAUGUUAUAAAAUUCAAGAAAUAAAAUUUUAAGUGACGCGUUUAGUGCGAUAUUAAAACCUUUUUAGUUUUUAUAAUUUCUUUUUUCAUAGUCUUUUAAGAAAAUUUAAACAGUAUUCACACUGUUAUGCUGCAUCAGACAAAAUACCUGCUCGUCUUGUCAAUUUAUAAUAUAUAAUUAAAGAAUACUUAGCAAAAAAAUUGUUUUAACGAACGAAAUUGAUACGUAUGCUUUGAAAUGCAUUGUUCUUUUUAUGGAUCAUUUGGUUCCCAUGCUUUAAUACAUCACAUCAAGUUAUUACAAACUUAGUUCCUGUUAGUUAUAAUUAUUGGUAUAACACAUCAUUUGGCGCCGCAAGAACAACUACGGCAUUAUAAUUGGACUGGCACAGAAAAAAAAACGUUAAGAUUUCCUAAUGAUUGAGUUUGAUUAAUGGUUUAGCUAUAGUGAAUGAUUGUUAACCUUUUACGUGCGUAGAUUUAUUUUUCAAGUAUAAAAGCUUUUUCAUGGUUGUAAAACGUCUUAUAAUUUGUUUUUUUGGUCAUUCUUUCAAUGGUAGAUUCAAUCAUGUUUGGAUUAAAUUAGAAAAUAAACCAUGUAAUAUGCCGUCUAUUAUAGAGAAUGUUCAUUUCGAUAUUGGAAAAUCAUGUAUGUUUUGUUGUGGAUGACAUUAGUAACAAAAUUUUAUUAUAAUCUGGAAUAUUUCGUUUUUAAUCUCCGACUGAAUUGAAAAUAGGCUAGGCAAUUUUUAUUAAACAUUAUUUACCUUCAUUUGUCAUUGCUAAAAUAAAUUUUAAAAAUCUUACUAUUCUAAACGCUACUAAUUCUUAAUUUGGAACAUAAUAUGAAGAAACAUAAUUGAAAAUUGUCUAUUACUGAGUAAAACAAUAAAGUGGGAUUUGUGGUUAUUUAUAACAUACCUUUUACUGGGAAUUGUAUCUAAAAAAAAAAAUGAAUUUGAAUGAAUUCAUUCACAUAUAUCUUAACCAGUAUUAUUGUACUCAAUAUUAGUUUGGGAUGUAUCUAAAUGUUUCCAAUAUAGUGUUAUUAAAAUAUUUUAAGUGCCUCCUAAUGUUUGAUUAUUAUUAAAGUGGAUGCUCUAAGCAUUGCGAGUUGAAUUCUUCGAUAGGUCGUUCGAUUGUUGCACAUGUAAGUAGUAUGUCUAAAGCUUGUUUCGUUAUUAAAUGAGUAGAAUGGGA